AUGACGCCUGUACCCCAAGAACACGUUGGAGACGUGGAGGAACCUCAUGGAGACAGCAUCGUUAUAUCAGGGGUAUCCACUCUAAUGCCGAGCUGUGACAAUUUUUUGGACUUUGCAGAAAAAUUAUAUAAAAAGGAGCGCCUGGUGAACUACGACCCAGCUUUCUGGAACGACCACAAUCAUCCCGAACUGAACCCAUUCGUGGGAAAACUAUCUGAGAAGCUGUGUAAAUUCGAUGCCCAGUUCUUCAUGGUCCAUAAUGCUCUAGCACCAACUUUGUCUGUGUUAACCAAGAAGAUAUCUGAACAGGCUUAUAGGGCAGUGUUUGAUGCAGGAAUAUCUCCAUCUGAGCUUUACGGAAAACCUGUCGCGGUGUUCGCUGGCGUAGGGUAUGAUGAAAACGACAAGACUUUGUUCUUCUCCACAGUCAAGAGAGGGCUUUUGGGGUCCUAG